CCAAGGUUCAUGAGCGCACUGAGGAUAUGGACUUUCUCCUGCUGGUUUUGAGAAAACUCCUUCAUUCCAACUCUUGUUAUGUCAAGAUCAUCCUCAUGUCAGCCACCAUUAACUGCAAACAGUUUUCGGACUACUUUGGCUCCCCAAUUCGUGGCAAAAUGAACCCGGCCUUCGUGUUUGAGGUGGAGGGGGCACCAUACGUCAUUGAGGAGUUUUAUCGGGAUGACCUUGAACGACUGUUUCAAUACAGGGUAAAUGAGUCGACAAAUCUGGAUGACCCUUACAUUUCAGUGGAGAUGUACAAUCUUGCCAUCAGUCUCAUCCAGAGCUUUGAUGAGUUGGAGGGCAAAGGUUCCAGAACAGCAGAGAACAAAGGGAAGAUGACUUCCUCAGAGCGGGGCAGUGUGUUGGUGUUUCUCCCUGGUUUAGGUGAGAUAAGCUACAUGCAGGAGGCCUUGGCCAAGCUGGUCCACAAAAG